AAGUGUUUUGUUUGUCAAUUUUUACCGCCGUCGUCUGGCCGCAGCCUCAACAUGUUAACACACAAGAAUAAUCAGGGAGGGCGAAAGAAAAUGCAGGUGUCGUUCGUAAUACGGGAUGCGGAGGAAAAACGGCACCGGAACGGGGUGAAUGCUUUGCAGCUGGACACGAUCAACGGGCGCCUGUACUCGGCUGGUCGCGAUGCCAUCAUUCGAUUGUGGAACUCGACGCAAAUAAACUCCCAUGAGCCGUACAUCCAGAGCAUGGAGCACCACAACGAUUGGGUGAACGAUAUCGUGCUCUGCUGCGGCGGUCGAAACCUGAUCAGUGCCAGUUGUGAUACGACGGUAAAAGUAUGGAAUGCACACAAGGGCUUCUGCAUGUCGACACUUCGAACGCACCGGGACUACGUGCAGGCCCUGGCAUACGCGAAGGACCGCGAGCAGGUGGCCAGCGCGGGACUGGAUAAAGCCAUCUUCCUGUGGGACGUGAACACGCUAACUGCGCUGACGGCAUCCAACAACACGGUCACAACGUCCAGCAUAUCCGGGUCGAAGGACUCCAUCUACAGUCUAGCGAUGAACCCAUCUGGUACGAUCAUAGUCAGUGGUUCCACCGAGAACACGCUCCGAAUCUGGGACCCGCGGACAUGCAACAAAAUUGCCAAGCUAAAGGGCCACACGGAGAACGUGAAGGCACUGAUCGUGUCGGACGAUGGCACGCAGGUAGUGUCGGGCAGCUCGGACGGCAAAAUCAAACUGUGGAGCAUCGGGCAGCAGCGCUGCAUACAGACGAUCAGUGUGCACUCCGAGGGCGUCUGGUGUUUGCUGAUGACCGAAGGGUUUUCGCACGUCAUUUCCGGCAGUCGGGAUCGGAAGAUUGUCAUGACCGAGCUGCGCAACCCGUCGAACAGUGUGCUGAUCUGCGAGGAGCGUGCACCCGUGCUGAGCAUGUGCUACAACAUCGACCAGACCGGCAUCUGGGCGACGACCUGGGACUCGGACAUUCGUUGCUGGAAGCUGCACAAAACAGACAAACUGUGCAACUACAGCUACAGCUCCAGCACGGCUAGCCAGCUGAACAAUGGCAGUGGCGAUGGACCUCCGGGCGUGACCACUGGGCCCACGGUCGGCAGUUCCCCGCCGGCUACGGGCGUGCCCACCGUGGCCACCGGGAAGGGAUACGAGGUGGCGUGCAUUAAGGGCGGGGCGGCCAUCAAAAAGUAUCACGUGCUCAACGAUAAGCGGUUCAUGUUGACCCGCGACACGGAACAGACGGUAGCCAUCUACGACGUGCUGAAAGUGAAGAAGGUCGAGGAACUGGGGAAGGUCGAUUUCGAGGAGGAGGUGAAGAAGCGCAGUCAACGAAUCUACGUCCCGAACUGGUUCACGGUUGACCUCAAGACGGGGAUGCCAAUGAUCGUGCUAGGGCAGGAUGAGGUCGAUUGCUUCGCAGCGUGGGUGUCGGCCGAAGCGGGCCUUCCGGAGCACGCCGAACCAGGCUCGGACCCGAAAGUGAACUAUGGCAGUUUGCUGCUGCAAGCCCUGCUCGAACACUGGAAGCCUCCACCGACACCACACCAUCACCAUAUGGCCGGCGGUGGUAGCGGAGGCGGCGGUGGGAUCGGUGGAGACAUGGAGAACGGUUGUGUCGAUGGCGAUAUACGGGGCAACGAGUACUUUAGCGUGCCGAAGCACACGCCCAUCAUCUUUAGCGAGGUUGGUGGCCGGAACGUGUGCCGGUUGCUGGUGAAGGAUGCUGCCGGUGAAACGGAGAGUGCCCUGCUCGGUGACACCGUGCCGUCGUGGGUGACCAACGUGGUCAUCGAUCGCACGCUGCCCAAGUUCAUCAAACUGCCCUUCUAUCUGCUGGCGCACCCGUCCAUGCUGAAGCAGGAUCGAAGCAAAAAGGAACGGCUAAUCGCAAACGAGUUCAUCCAGUGCCGCAAGGUGUGCGAGCACGUGCUGGAGAAGGUGCUCGGUUCGGAUCUGCCGGCGAGCACCGGCAACUCCAACUCCUCGCAGAACAACAGCCAAAGCGAUGCCAACUCCGAGGGCAGCCAGGUACCGGCCGAGGAACGGAUCGAGCUGCUCUGCAAUGACGUGCUGUGUGACCCCAACAUGGACCUCCGUACGGUGCGGCACUUUAUCUGGAAGCAAUCGUCCGACCUCACCUUUCACUAUCGAACAAAGCCAAACUACAGCAGCUAAAAACGAGAGCAUAAAGAGCGU